UGAAUUGGUUCCAAUUGUGUUGGCAAUGAUAGGGAAAACGGGAAUGGCGGUAGGCUUCAGUGUUAUCUACGUGUGGUCGGCGGAGCUUUUCCCGACUGUGGUCCGAAACACUGGCAUGGGGAUAAGUACGUCCUUGGGAAACAUGGGAUAUAUGGCGGCCCCAGGUGUUGCAAGAUUGGCCACGGUGGUUCCUGGGCGGAUAGGACAUGCAGUCCCCCUUUUCGUGUUUGGAUUUCUAUCUCUUAUUGCAGCCUUAUUGACAUUGAGUCUUCCAGAAACACAGAACGCAAAUCUUCCAGAAACGGUUGCUCAUGCCAAGGCCAUGAUCAGAAAGAAACAAUACCAACCCAGUAGUAGCAAAGAAAUAGUUGCCGAAUGAAUUGAUAUAUCUUUGGUCAAUUCAUAAAAACAAAUUAAAGCGCUUGAUAAAACCAAUGAGUGACUCUAUAUUUUUUCGGUGACCAUGGUAGC